AUGGAGAACUCAGAGAAGUACAGUCUGUAUCCGCAGUGGUCAGAGGGAGAGUUCUUCUACCGUAACAUGCUUCGUGCCAUUAGACCAGGACCGAAGCCCCAACCUAGUUUCAGCCUUCAACGAGCCGCAGCAAAGUUCCAAUCAGAAUCCUCAGGAUUUCCCUUCACUGGACAGCAGCAGACGAACACGAUGUGCAAUGUGGACCCGGAGUGUUGA